AGUGCUACUAUACAGGCAGCGCCCGCACAUUACGUAAAUAUGCGUGCUUUCAGUCCAUUGCGUAGAGUAAAGUCGCUGCUGCCGUGUGAACAAAGUUUCUUCGGGGUUUGUGUCCCUCUGCAUACUAUGCGGUCCCCUGCCGAGAUUAGGACAGUAGACUCCCGUGAUUGCCAGGAGGUGAUUGUCCUGCCACUGCACUGACGUCGAGAGCUCGCGACUUACCCACUUAAGCCAGUACUGUAAUGCUGCCAUCCAGCUAUGCACGCUUUCUGGGGCCCCGUUCCAAAUCCAUGGCCCAUUCGGUGGGACUUACUUUCGUGUAAAGCUGUUAUAAUGGUCAGACUGCACGAGUGAAACAGGAAGUCCCCAGUUCAAAUCCCGCAGUAGCGAACAUCUCUCUAGCGAUGAAAAUGACUUGAUCAGCAAGCCAGAGGUUGACUGUCCGAAUUCCCGCUGGGAACUACUGGGUUUUAAUUGGUUAUUGGAUCCAGUUGGAAGAAUUGUGUCCUGGAAGAAGAAGGAGCAGACAAUGUCUGUUGUAUGUUGUCUGUCAGCUGGGUGGAUACUGGACCACCUCUCUUUCAUAAACAAGUCUGGCUACCAGCAGUACCACUCCCAUGACCAUGUUGCCUGUGCCUUUUUUGAGGGUCCUAUUCCUGUUGCUUCUUCAAAUGGAGAUCCUGGUGUGGCUGCCACCCCAAAGACCACAAAUUAUUGCAAAAAUGAUUCUGAGUCCAAAGUGACAGGAAACAAAGCAAGUGAAAUGCUAAAGGACACAUAUGUAUUUCGGGAAGAAUUUUUUAAUGUAUUUGAGCCCCAUAUAGCUGCAGACUCUCAAACAGAACCCCGGCAAAGGUGCCCUGAAGCUGGUCUGGAAGAUAGUGGAUCAGAACAGCAGAAGGAAGCCAAGAGUGGUGAUUCAGCAAAAGCUAAAAAGAAACGGAAAAGAAAAAGCAGUGAACUCAACCAUGGUGAACGUGAUGCAUUUGAAUAUCAUUUAAAGAUCCAUGGAGUGAUUUUGAAUGGUACCAGAAGUUUAGUCCAGGAGGGGCUUAGAAGUGGUUUCCUUCAACUCAGUUCUACAAGACAGAUUUGUGCCAAGGCUCAUGUUAUGAGACACAGUGAUUGUGGUUUGGCUGAAUUAUGUGAGAUGUCAAAACAGUUUCCUUCUGUGAAUGAGAGUGAGCAAAGAGCUGUGUGCAUGAUAAAAGAGGGAGCCUCUGUUCCAGUACAGGUCCAACUUUCCUGUCUUACAGAAAACACCACAAACGAUACAAAAAUACUGUCAUUAAUGGGGCAGAAGUACCUCUUCCCCCCGCAAAGCAGUUUUCUUUUAUCUGAUAUUUCUUGUAUGCAUCCGCUUUUGGACUAUAAAAAGAAGUUUGGCAUAAUUGUGAUCGAUCCACCAUGGGAGAAUAAAUCUGUUAAAAGAAGCCAUAGGUAUGGUUACUUAUCACCAUGGCAAAUCAAGCAAAUUCCUGUGCCAGCACUGGCAGCCCCAAAUUGUCUUAUGGUCACAUGGGUGACUAACAGACAGAAGCACCUGAAUUUUGUAAAGAAUGAACUUUAUCCCCACUGGUCCGUGCAUGGUUUGGCAGAGUGGUAUUGGGUGAAAAUUACAAAGUCUGGAGAAUUUGUGGUUCCAUUAGAUUCUUCUCACAAGAAGCCUUAUGAGAUUCUUGUAUUGGGCAGAGUCCAAGGAAGUACAGAAGUGCCGUUAAGGAUUUCAGAAGAUGAAGCUCUUCCAAUUCCAGAUCAUAAAUUAAUUGUGAGUGUUCCUUGCACUCUUCAUUCACAUAAACCUCCUCUUACAGAAAUCCUGAAAGAAUAUACCAGGCCAGAUGUGGAAUGUUUGGAAUUGUUUGCCCGGAAUUUGCAGCCUGGAUGGACCAGUUGGGGCAAUGAAGUUCUCAAAUUCCAGCACAUCGAUUACUUCAGUGCUUUGCGAAAUAAAAUAAAAAAUGACUAGGGUUGCCUAAGUAUUUUUGUAUUUCUGGACUUUGCCAUCAUACUACAUGGAGUGCAGCAUGAAUACAAUGGAGGGGAAGCAUUGUUUUAAAAUCCUUAUGAUAACAUUAUGACAUGGACAUGAUGGAUUUUGCAGCCAUCUUGUAGAAUUUGAUCAUUUGGGCCACCGUGUAGAUAACAGUCCUCAAAAACCGAACGUGUCCUUUGCAAUUGGGAUCCAGAACUGUAUGUACAUUGGCAUUAUUCCAUGUAGAUCUCACCAUGGGUUGUCAAGUGAUUUGUGCAUGAGUGAAAGAGAAGAGUGUGAAUGUAAGCAAGGAAGGGAUAUUCCGUCUUCUAUGCUGCCAAUAGAUUUAUUUCCAAUACUGUGUUACACCUGUAGGCCCUGUUACAGAUGUGUUUCUCAUGAAUAUGAGUGAGCAGUAAACCAUGUGCGGUGGCUCAAAGUAGGAUGGAAUUAUGGAUCACAAAAUGAUUGGGAACAUUUAUCCAUAUACAUUUGAAGUGCUAGAGAUAGGAAUUGCAUAUGCUGAACAAGCACCAAAUCCAGUGCAUGCUAACAGUGUGUUAGGUGCCAUACAUGUGGUUCUCCAUAGUACUGGGAACCAUGUAUGCAGUUUCAGCCUCAUCUGUUAUAAGGAUGCUUAAGAAUGUAUUGUCUGUCUACAAAUAAUACACAGUCCUAACUUAUAUGCAAAGAUUGGAAGUUGCACAUCUGCCAUGCUUGGUAAAUUGUUCCUUCUAUAUUUUAAAAUGUUACAUAUUCUUCUUUUUUAACAUCUAAACUUCUAUUUUGUAAUCAGAGUCUUGCUGUUCUAUAACAAUUUUUACAUUUUAUUAUUUAAUGAGUUCCUUUCUGUUUAGAAAAACAGGCUUUUGAACAAUGUAAGAUUUGAGCUGGAAAUUAUUAUUAAUGGCUGACAUCCUAACACAGCAUGCCUGUGCCAAACAGCAGCACACAUACAGUACUAAAACCUAUGCUACAUACAGUACUAAAACCGCUUCUGAAGUGUGGGAACUCUUGUGCAGGAAUGCAGUUCUUUGGGAGCUCUCCCCACACUCUGGAAGCACUCUCUUACAGCAGAAAUGCAUCCCUGAACCUCAGGGCUUGUUUCCAUUCUAGCAGAGUGCUUCUGGAGCAUGGCCAGACGUCUGAAAUAAUUACUCUUGCACAAGAAUGCCUACACUUUGGAAGCACAGGGACAUUUGUGGGGGCUAGUGCUGCAUGUGUGCUGGUGUUGGGAACGUUUACAGUGCAUUAGCCAGAGUGUCAGCCAGUAUUUCUAAGGCUCCUAUUAUUGUUGGCCACUUCACAAGUAUUUAAAAAGACAAAAGGAUCAUGACCUUGAUCCAGCCAAAGUUAGUUGUGAUUUUGUCACAUUGAAAGCAACAGGACUUAAAAUGAUUGUAGCCGUCUUGUUCUGUUGGUUUCAUUAGGAUUUGGAUAGGUACCCAGGUCUUUAUUUUAAUGCGUUCUUUUUCCCCUGACACUGAACAAGAAGACUUUUCAUUGAAUAUGUAUUCUUUGAAAGUUUGCUCUUCUUAAAAAGAUGUUCUACAAUAGUUAGAAAAAUAAAUUAUUAUUUUUUGAAUGAUUAACUGUGUAUGUCCUUCUCUCUCCUUUGGGUUUGCUUUGACAAAAAUACUGUAAUGAAAAUUACCAUAUGUAUGUAUGUAUGAAAGACUGCAUAAGAAGAAAUAUCUUAGGAAGAAAUAACCAUUAUUUAAAAGAAAGUGGAAUAAAUCUUAUUCUACUACAAAUUAGAUAAACUUUGGAUUGUUCAGCAUGCUGUUAAAUUUUUAAAUAAGCUCUGGAUGUUCACGCUGACUUUUUUGUACUUUAAUAAUAAAAAAUCAAUUUCAAGAAUAAUUUUCUUGAUACAUUAUUUACAAGCC